AUGGAAAAAAGAAAAAGAGAAAUUUCGAACAUGACGCAACUGGUGAAAAAGAUCGUUGUUCAGAAACAAAUCGACACCGAUGAAGAUUUUCAGAACAUGCCUGUUGUUUCGAUUCAACGCUUAAUGAGGGGUGAAGUUAGAAGUGGGAUGGUAUCGGAUGGAGAAUAUGAAAUGUCACUAGAUGAACGUUGGGAAUAUCCUCGAAAUAACUUGCGCAUAAUAAAACCUUUGGGGGGAAGCGAAUUUGGACAGGUUGCUCAAGCUGAAGCGAGCAAUAUUUUAGGACAGGAAAACGGAACUACAAUUGUAGCAGUGAAAAUGCUCAAAGACAAUCAUACUGACUCAGACAUGAUAGAUUUGGUAUCUGAAAUGGAGGUCCUAAAAGUUCUAGGAAACCAUCCAAACAUCCUACGGCUGCUUGGCUGCUGCAGUCAAGGUGGUCCCCUGCUUUUAGUAACAGAGUACGCUGAUAACGGAAACUUGAAACAGUUUCUUGAAAGACACGACCAUCAAUCCACCGAAUUGACAGAAAUUACUCUUUUAGCUUAUGCCAGUCAAAUUGCAAAUGGGAUGACUUACCUAGCUUCUAUGAAGUGCAUUCACAGAGAUUUGGCCGCUCGAAACAUUCUCGUAACAGCAGACUACACGAUGAAAAUAGCGGAUUUUGGCCUAACCAGAAAUGUAUCAAAUUCGGAGUACUACAGGAAAACAACAGACGGUAGACUUCCUAUAAAAUGGAUGGCACCUGAAACUCUAUUUGACAACAAAUACUCCAUAAAAUCUGACGUGUGGUCAUAUGGUGUACUAUUAUGGGAAAUUAUGACUCAUGGAGACAAUCCGUACCCUUCUGUUAAAACCCACCUUGGAAUGCUUCGCGUUUUGAAUGAGAAUCGUCGAUUGGAAAAGCCCCCAAACGCGUCAACAGAUGUGUACAAUUUAAUGUUGGAUUGUUGGAAAUAUGAACCUGGGCAACGUCCAAAUUUCUUAACUAUUGUUGAACGCAUAACAGAAUUAUUGACAACUGUUGAGGUAGUCAACGAGUCGUCUGAUGAAUCUGAUUUAAAAAGCACAAUUUCUACAACAAACCCUACUGAAUUGGACAAAUUGAUUACAAACUGCUCUCAUAAAGAGAACGAAUAUCUUUUAAGUUGAUCAGUAAAAAAUAUGAAGUCAUUUUUAUAAUAAUACCUAAAUAUGUAAAUUGAGUUUUAGGUUUUAAGAUAGGUAUUAAAAUUACAUACAUUUAGGCGUUCUU